UGUAUGUUAAGAGAUACAACAAUAUGCAGGUACAAUUCUACGUGGUAUUGCAUGCCCGUAGAAGCACAGGAGUUGUUACUCUUUAUCAUGUUGAGGAGUUCAACGGAAAGUGUGAUAAACCUCUCCGGAUUUUUCGUUCUUUCUCAUAUCGGUUUUUCGAAGAUGCUGAGUACGUCCGUCUCAUACUUUACUAUGAUAUACUCUCUUCAGUAGAAUUUCUUCAGCAUCAUUGACUUUACGAUAGUUGUUGGUAGUACUGAUACAAAGUAUUAUUUAAUAAUAAAUAAGUUACAUUCGUCACUGGUGGUAUGUUUCAUUCUUCUGGAAAUUCUGAAGUGGAAUAGAAUUUGCUUUAUAUU